AAUGGACUCGCCCUGAGUAUUCUGUGUCAGUCACCAUGGUGGCACAAAGCAGAAAGCUGUGGAGGUUCACUCUUCUUAUUAAAUGAACUGGAAACACCUAUUUAACAUAUUUGGGGAUUUUGACAACGUAAACAAAAAGAUCAAUGAUUUAUCAAUUUUAUUGUAAACCAGUAUUUUUGUAAACCAGUAUAAUGCUGGCGAUUGUAGACUAGCCUUUUAAAACACGGUUUAAAAUACUUUUUUUUUUUUUUAUUGAGGAGUUUUAAUUUUUUUUUUUUAAAUGAUCACAGAACCACUUUUCCACAUUUCCAAUCAGAAUUGAAGGAACACUACAGCUAACAAAUCAGAAGGAAACGUCUCCUGGCAGAUCCCGAGUUUGUCCUCUGGGAUUGGGAUCGAAAUAGAAAAGAAACCCCGUGGCUCUCACUGUGGCCUGGGGAGAGAUAAUUUUGUUGUGCAUUUUAAAACUGAUUGGGAAACAGGACUGGAUAGGUGUUGUCUGAAUUUAUUAACACUACAAGACCCAGUCUGAUCAAAUAGUUGUGUGCUCUUUACGAUGAGAAUGGCUUCUUACGUGGACAACAGUUUCCGACAGGCGGUGAUGAAAAACCCGGCCGAAAGGACGCAACAGGAUUUGGAAAUAGUGUAUUCAUACCUACAUGGAAUGGAAGCCUUGUCUAACCUAAGAGAACAUCAGCUAAGGUUAAUGUGCGAAACCGUAAGAUAUGAAAGACAUGAAGCAAAUGAAGUGCUAUACUACCCUGAUGACAUUGGUACCUGUUGGUAUAUCCUGCUGUCUGGUUCAGUAUUCAUCAAAGAAUCCAUGUUUUUGCCAAGAAGCAGUUUUGGCAAGCGCUCUGCAGGAAGCCUUAGACGUGGUUGUGAAUGCAUUGUGUUGGAGCCUUCUGAAAUGAUUGUGGUGGACUAUAUGGAUGAAAAUGAGGAGUAUUUUCAGCGGCAAGCAUCUCACAGGCAAUCUCGCAGGAGAUUUCGGAAAAUUAACCAGAAAGGAGAGAGACAAACAAUUAUUGACACAGUGGACCCGUACCCUGUUGGGAAGCCACCGUUACCUCGAGGAUACCACACGGAAUGCACUAAAGCGCAGCUUCCUGCAGAUUUCUCCAAGCUCCACCUCACUGACAGCCUCCAUCCACAGGUGACGCACGUUUCCUCCAGUCAUUCAGGAUGUAGCAUUACAAGCGACUCUGGGAGUAGCAGUCUGUCCGAUAUUUACCAGGCCGCAGAGAGUGAGGCCGGGGAGAUGGAUCUGAGUGGGCUGCCUGAGACAGCUGUGGACUCGGAGGAGGAUGACGAUGAGGAGGAUAUUGAACGUGCUUCAGACCCUCUGAUGAGUCGGGAUAUUGUCCGUGACUGCCUUGAGAAGGACCCCAUGGACAGGACUGACGAUGACAUUGAACAAUUACUGGAAUUCAUGCAUCAGCUGCCUGCAUUUGCCAAUAUGACAAUGUCUGUGCGGAGAGAGCUGUGUGCGGUGAUGGUGUUUGCGGUGGUAGAGCGAGCUGGAACAAUAGUGCUCAAUGAUGGGGAAGAGCUAGACUCGUGGUCAGUGAUUUUGAACGGGUCUGUGGAAGUGACAUACCACGAUGGGCGUACAGAGAUCCUGUGUAUGGGGAACAGCUUUGGGGUUUCCCCUACAAUGGAGAAAGAGUACAUGAAGGGAGUGAUGAGAACCAAAGUGGAUGAUUGCCAGUUUGUUUGCAUAGCCCAGCAGGAAUACUGCUGCAUCCUCAAUCAGGUAGAGAAGAACAUGCAGAAGGUAGAAGAGGAGGGAGAGAUUGUGAUGGUGAAGGAGCACAGGGAGCUUGAUCGCACUGGGACCAGGAAAGGACACAUUGUCAUCAAGGGGACAACAGAAAGGCUGACAAUGCAUCUGGUUGAGGAGCACUCUGUGGUGGAUCCCACAUUCAUCGAAGACUUUCUCCUGACAUACAGGACCUUCCUUUCCAGCCCAAUGAUAGUAGGCAAGAAGCUGCUGGAGUGGUUUAAUGACCCAAGCCUCAGGGACAAGGUUACACGGGUAGUGUUGCUGUGGGUAAACAAUCACUUCAAUGACUUUGAAGGAGACCCAGCCAUGACUCACUUUCUUGAAGAAUUUGAAAACAAUUUAGAAAGAGAGAAAAUGUGUGGGCAUCUAAGACUGUUAAAUAUUGCCUGUGCUGCUAAAGCCAAACGAAGACUAGUAACACUAACUAAACCUUCCAGGGAGGCCCCUUUGCCCUUCACCCUUUUGGGAGGGUCAGAGAAAGGAUUUGGAAUCUUCAUAGAUAGUGUAGAAACUGGAAGCAAAGCUGCUGAAGCUGGAAUAAAACGUGGUGACCAGAUAUUGGAGGUUAAUGGACAAAACUUUGAGACUGUUCAGAUUUCCAAAGCCACUGAAAUCUUGAAGAACAACACUCACUUAUCUAUCACGGUGAAAACAAACUUAUUUGUAUUUAAAGAACUUUUAGCAAGGCCAGCCGAGGAAAAGAAGAAUGGUGCUCCCCAUCUACCCAAGAUCGGUGAUAUUAAGAAAGCAAGUCGCUACUCAAUCCCGGACCUGGCUGUGGACGUUGAGCAGGUGAUCGGCCUCGACAAAGCCAAUAAGAAGGCUAAGGCCAACACUGUAGGAGGAAGGAACAAGCUGAAGAAAAUACUAGACAAAACUCGCAUCAGCAUUCUACCCCAGAAACCAUACAGUGACAUUGGCCUUGGCCACUCUCAGGAUGACAGCAUAGUGGGGCUCAGGCAGUCGAAGCACAUCCCCCCUGCAUUGCCUGUGAGCGGGACCUUAUCUUCCAGCAACCCUGAUCUGUUACAGUCUCACCAGCGCAUUCUGGAUUUCAGCAAUCCUCCAGAUUUACCAGACCAGGUUCUACGGGUUUUCAAGGCAGACCAGCAGAGCCGCUAUAUCAUGAUCAGCAAAGACACAACUGCCAAGGAAGUCGUGGUUCAAGCUAUCCGUGAGUUUGCAUUGACUGCAGCCUCUGAGGCCUACUCUCUAUGUGAAGUCUCGGUCACCCCAGAAGGUGUCAUCAAGCAAAGACGGCUUCCCGAUCAGCUCUCUAAACUGGCAGACAGAAUACAGCUCAGUGGAAGGUAUUACCUGAAGAACAACAUGGAGACAGAGACGCUGUGCUCAGACGAGGAUGCCCAGGACCUGCUGCGGGAGAGCCACAUUUCGGUGCUGCAGCUCAGCACAGUGGAAGUGGCCACACAGCUCUCCAUGAGGAACUUUGAGCUGUUCCGCAACAUCGAGCCCACCGAGUACAUUGAUGACCUUUUCAAGCUCAAGUCCAAGACAGGCUCUGCCAACCUGAAGAAUUUCGAAGAGGUCAUCAACCAGGAAACGUUCUGGGUGGCCACAGAGAUUGUGAGAGAGCAAAACCAGCUCAAGAGGAUGAAGAUCAUUAAGCACUUCAUCAAGAUCGCCCUGCACUGCAGAGAGUGCAAGAACUUCAACUCCAUGUUUGCAAUCAUCAGUGGAUUAAACUUGGCCCCAGUAUCAAGGUUGCGUGGUACCUGGGAGAAGCUUCCUAGCAAAUAUGAGAAGCUGUUUCAAGACCUGCAGGAUCUCUUUGACCCCUCCAGGAACAUGGCAAAAUACCGCAAUGUCCUCAACAGCCAGAAUCUGCAGCCUCCAAUUAUUCCCCUCUUUCCUGUCAUAAAGAAGGAUCUCACAUUUCUGCAUGAAGGCAAUGACUCCAAAGUGGAUGGCUUGGUGAAUUUUGAGAAGUUAAGAAUGAUAGCAAAAGAGAUACGUCAUGUUGGCCGAAUGGCUUCUGUUAACAUGGAUCCUGCCCUGAUGUUCAGAACGAGGAAGAAGAAAUGGAGGAGUCUUGGAUCUCUCAGCCAGGGAACCACCAACUCUGCAGUGUUGGAUGUGGUCCAGACCGGAGGGCAUAAGAAGCGCGUGCGUCGAAGCUCUUUCCUCAAUGCCAAGAAGCUGUACGAGGAUGCCCAGAUGGCCCGCAAGGUCAAGCAAUACCUGUCAAACCUGACCCUGGAUACCAAUGAAGAAAACCUUCAGACCAUCUCUUUGCAGUGUGAGCCUUCCACCAACACGUUGCCUAAGAGUGGAGACAAAAAGGGUGGGAAGCCGGACACAUCUCCUGUUGUUCCUAGAGCAGCAAGUCAGCAGAAGCAGCAGCAGCAGCAGCAGCAGCAGCAGCAGAAAGGAAAUCAGGCACUUCAGGUCCCUGCUGUUUCACUCUAUCCGUCUCGCAAGAAAGUACCGGUCAAGGAUCUACCACCAUUUGGUACUAGUUCACCUCAAGCCUUGAAGAAAAUCCUGGCCUUGUCAGAAGAAGCAGGUGACCGACAUAAAAAGCAACCAGAGGACACCAUAUCAAAUGCUUCUUCACACCUGCCUUCCCCUCCCGCAUCCCCUCAAGGCUCACCUAGGAAGGGUUAUACUUUGGCUCCAAGUGGAACUUUGGACAAUUUUUCAGAUUCAGGUCACAGUGAAAUCUCAUCCCGUUCCAGUAUUGUUAGUAACUCCUCCUUUGACUUAAUGCAUGACGACAAGAGACAGAGGCACUCUGUCAGUGUUGUGGAUUCCAACCUGGGUGUGGGAAGGAUGGAAAGAAGAGCCACUAUAGAUCCUGAUCAAUACAGCCUUGGUUCAUAUGCAUUGAUGCGAGAGGGACGGAAUCUGUAUCCUGGGGCUGCAGUUCUCUCUUCCCCAAGUUCAGAAGAACUUACCCAGGACCAGGGGGACCGAGCAUCGCUUGAUGCAGCAGACAGCGGUAGAGGAAGCUGGACUUCAUGUUCAAGUGGCUCACAUGACAAUAUACAAACCAUACAACACCAGAGGAGCUGGGAAACGCUGGCUUUUGGGCAUCCUCAUUUUGACAACUCGGCAGAAGGGGCUGGACUUUGGGCCUCAGGCUGUCAAAUGGACCAGAUGAUGUACUCAGACCCCAGCUCUAAGCUGAGCCGAAACAGCCAGGAUCAUGGACAAGGCAGAGGGAGCUGGGCAUCCUCCACUGGCUACUGGGGGGAAGACUCUGAGGGGGACACUGGAACAAUAAAGAGGAGGGGUGGGAAAGAUGUUAACGCUGAUGCUGAAACAAGCAGUAUCAUAUAUAAUACUUCUGAAGACACAAAACAACAUAGUAGACCUUCUCAUAUAACUGUACCAUCUGGCACAGCAAAAAGUCUUAUUGCACGAAAGGAAGGCAGGUAUCGUGAACCUCCACCGACUCCGCCAGGCUAUACUGCCUUGACAGUUUCAGACUUUCCAGAGGGCCAAGCACACGCAGGAAGGAAGCCCCCAGAUUACAACGUAGCACUACAGCGGUCACGGAUGGUGACACACCCCUGCGACCCCCAACAGGCACACAGUCACCCAGGAACCAGGCCAGUGAGCCGACCGCAAUGGCACAAACCAAACGAAGCAGAUCCACGACUAUCUCGCUUCCAGUCCCAAGGGUUCUCGGCUGAGGAGGAGGAUGGUGAGUCCAUGUGUCCAAAACUUAUUCCAAUGAGGAAGACAUUGGCAUAUGCACCUGAGACAGCCAGGCCAUGAAUAACAGGCAGGAAGAAGAUGAACAGGUGUCUGCUGUCUGACAAGUAAGGCCCCUCCUGGAUAUUGUUUCCAGUGAUGCGAGCCAUCCAAUUGGAGAGCACAACAGGCACUGGAGCCCUGGACCUCCUUCAUUAGUUUUGGUGGAUGUCACUCGCCUCUUUCCCUGCCUUAAAGCAGCAUGGGGCAUUGUGUACCCCGCAUGUGAAAUACUGUGAAGAAAAAUGCCUUGGCACUUUGGAAAACUGUGUCGCUUGAAAAUGCACAGCGCAGUAAGAAAACAAGCUACCGCUCAACAAGGACCAUUCCAAGAUCCUCCUCCCUAUUUACACUUCAUCAAGAUUUGUCACGCUUUGGCUGCACUUUUUUUAAACAUGAAUUCCUAUAAUGGUUUUACAGCUUCCUCUUAGAUUUUUGACUACAAUUGUGGCACCCUGAAUCAAGACAAGCUAAGGUCACACUAUUGGCACAAACACUGCAAACAAGGACACAGUGAUUAUCAUUCUGAUUUUACCUAGUUUUUAUGUUGCAGUUUUAUAUGUUGUGCUUAGAGAACAAAUGUGUUUGUCUCCAUAACAACAGUAUUAUUUUACACAUUUUAAGAUAUAUAUAUUGUUUUUUUUUAAUAUAAUAAAUUAAACUGGAUGACAUUGCAAUGAAAGGUAGCUUCAGAUCUUGCAUCAAAGCUAGCUAAAAUGUAUCUUUUUAAUUUCUGUGUACUAUGACAGAUUAAGGAGCAAACAAGUCUUUUCUUAGGACAGAUUCAGUACUGUGUAACAGUCUUUGCAAUGCAGAAUUAAACUAAACGGAUAGUUGCUACAGUAGACUAAGCUGCAUGUCUAAUAAAGGCUGGCAUAUAACAACCUGCUCUCUGCUGCUAUUUAACCCCCAUUUUAAUGACUGAAGUACAGCAUUUGUAUUGUGUUGUCGUUGCACAGACUCCGGUAAAACUGAAGGCUACCAAUUUGGGUAGUACUCAAAUGUGAGGAACUGCUAGUCUUGUUGUUUAGUUAUUAUGAUGAUUAUUAUUGUUGUUGUUAUUAUUAUUAUUAUUAUUAUUAUUAUUAUUAUUCAUUAAUCUCAGCUGAUCAUAUUGAUCAGUAGGUGAAGUUAUAGAUUCAACUAAAAGAAGAGAUUGCAGUGUUUUUUCACUGUAUUGUAUAACAUCAGUGCUUUAUUUAAGAUUUUGCUCCCCUAAGAUCAUGUAUAUUUUUUGUUUUUUCACUUUGCUGAUAUAUCAAAUUGUUAAUUAUGCAUUUGUAAUUUAACAGUAAUAUACAUUAAUCCGUUUCAUUAUAUAGUCGAUGGAGACUGUGUGCAUAUAGGCAGGCAGAAUUCUAGUUCUAAUACAAGUUGCACAAAAAAAAUGUAUAAGCAUUAGGUAAUUGUAGUAGAUAGAACUGCUAAUCUCAGUUCAUUCUGUGAUGUCAAGUGCAAAAUGUACAUUUAACUGGUGAUUUCCUCAUACUUUUGAUACUACUUGUACCUGUAUGUCUUUUAGAAAGACAAUUGGUGGAGUCUGUAUCCCUUUUUUUGUAUUUUUAAUACAAUAAUUGUAAAUAUUGGUUAUAUUUUUGUUGAAAAUGGUAGAAAUGUACUAUGUUUAUGCCUCAACAUCCAGUUUAUAUAAAGCUGGGAUUGAAUAAAUAUUUAAAAAAUCA